GGAGACCGUACGUGUGUCCGUGUACGUCAAUCCUAUCGCACCUGGGGAGGUCUCUGUCGCUGAAGAAAGCUCGCGACUUUGAGUGUGAUUCCGUUCCGAUCGAGAGGGAAAUCCGUGGCCCAAGUGAUCGCCGCGGUAUCGUUUUCCUUUUGCUAUCGCUGUGUGACUUUUUUCGUUUACUUCUGUUAUUGUGCCGUCGCCGUUUGAAAAGUGUGCAGCAAACAUCAACCCACCAGUAAAAAAAAACAGGCGAAAAAUAAAUUAGAGCAGAAUAACCAAGUCAGGAUGCUUCCACUGCUCGUGGCACUGGUGCUGAGCACCUUGGCCACACUGAACGCCCUUCCCAAUGGCGCCCCGACGUCCGUGUGUGACAACAUGCUUCCGUUCCACGGCGGUGGCAUCCCGCCGCUCACCACCAAGACGCCAUUCACGAUCACGCCCCAGUCGUCGGUGAUCGGCAGCGGGCAAACGCUGAAGUUGGACAUCGAAUCCUUCCCGGCCAACAUCGUGUUCAAGGGCUACAUGCUGCAGGCCCGUCAGGUCGAUCCGCCGAACAGCAUCGUUGGGCACUUCGUAAGCACCGACACCGACGCCAUCAAGCUCAUCGAGUGUCAGGGCCCGAACGAUACGGCCACACACACCUCGACCAGCCAGAAGCGCGACCUAACGCUGGAGUGGACCGCACCGGAAGGCUUCGUCGGGGACGUCGUGUUCAACGCAACCAUCGCGCAGGAUUACGACAAGUUCUGGGUGGGCAUUCCUUCCGAUCCGGUGCGAGUGGUGGCCAGCCAGACGACGGUGGCUCCGGGAUCGAGCCCCACGAAGCGACCGGCCACGACAACCACGGUGCCACCGUAUCGGCCUCCGCAGACCUCGGCCCCGGUGGCCGUGGAUCCGAUCUACGCCGGUUGCGGCGAGAGCAAGGGUUGCUUUGGCUUCCCGGACGGUUGCGUCGACAGCCAGGACUGCCGGGCGGUGGUCACCAUCGCCGUGCUUGGAGCACGUUACGUAUUUGAACUGAAAUCUGGACACAAUCGGCCAGCGUAUGUCGCGUUCGGUCUGUCCAACGAUGCCAAGAUGGGUGACGAUUCGGUGCUGGAGUGCGUCCCGGAGCAGGGAACGGUUAAUGCUUACGCUUCGUGGACCAACGUUGGACCUUACGGAUCAACCCGCGUGGGAGUGCCACAAAACAUCUUCCAAGUGCUGGAGAAAUCCUAUAACGAUGGCACGAUCUACUGCAAGCUGGAACGCAAUGCCGUCAGCACGGUCAAGGGCCAGAAGUUUGAUCUGAUGAGCGACAAGUUCCAUCUUCUACUCGCCGCUGGCUCGUCCGUGGAAUCAACAAACGUCAACUAUCACGACAUCGGACGUCACGUGUCCGGAACGCCGCAAUCGCUGGCAGAGGUUGGCCCGGUGCAGGGAUCGUCCAAGCUGUUGCUACGCCUGCACGGUGCCUUCAUGAUCACGGCCUGGAUCGGUACGGCGUCGCUCGGCAUCCUGCUCGCCCGUUACUUCCGCCAAACGUGGGUCGGUAGCCAGAUGUGUGGAAAAGAUCAGUGGUUUGCGUGGCAUCGGUUCCUGAUGGUGCUCACGUGGGCGCUCACCGUUGCUGGAGUUGUGGUGAUUUUCGUCGAGAUCGGUGGCUGGUCGCAGGUGCGCAACCCGCACGCCAUCCUCGGCGUGGUCACGACCGUCCUGUGCUUCCUGCAGCCGCUCGGUGCCUUCUUCCGGCCGCAUCCCGGCUCCAGCAAGCGACCGUGGUUCAACUGGCUGCACUGGCUCGGCGGAAACCUGGCACACGUGAUCGCGAUCGUGGCAAUCUUCUUCGCCGUCCAGCUGCAGAAGGCCGAGCUACCGGACUGGAUGGACUUCAUUCUGGUCGCGUUCGUCGCGUUCCACGUGUUUAUGCAUUUGAUCUUCUCCAUUUUCUCCUGGGUACAGAUCGGUGGGUGCGUGAGCGAGCGAAGAAGUGGCCAGCGAGUGACGUCCUUCCCGAUGGCCGACAUGACCCCGUCGCGAAACUCCAUGAGCUCCAGCGAACGCAAACAGGAUGCUGCUUUCUCGGGCUUCCGCAAGUCGAUGCUGUUCCUGUACAUUCUCAUCGUGCUCGGUCUGGUCAUCGCCAUGGUGGUAAUUGUCGUGCUGGCGCCGAUCGAAACGGCCUACAACAACAUCAAGGAGCAGAUCAUGAACUAAGGAGUGUCAAGUGGAAUGCUAACGCGAUCGAUCGAGUAACCAUGGAAACGAUUGCGAUGGUCCCGGAGCAGUUUGUGUAUAUUACUUUUCUAGAGAGCUUUCUAGCAGGCCGGUAAUAUAAGGGCACAACUCAAACCAAGAAGUUAACCGUUAACCACACGAUCCACGUGACAUGUAGGGAAGAAAAUCCUUCGAGGCAGCAAGACGAGCUGAUGUCGAGUGUUGCCAGGAUUUGUUAUACGAUAUUGUAGAUAACAUAGUAUUCUUCACCCUCCUCUUUCUCCCACUCACCUAAUCCUUGUACGUACCCUUCGAAUAGUCCUAACAUUCCUGUUCUCCGUCUCAUCUAAGAGCGUCUUUUGAUAGUGUAUGAUUUGUCGACAACAUAAGGAUUGGAAACAUUAAACGUGCGGAUUCAGAUCGUUCGAUCGUCUAGCGUGAGAAGCGAUUAGGAACUAGCCGUCCCCAGCCGUUGUACAGUUUAAGCGUCACAUAUUUAUAGCCAGCCAAGUUUGAACGCUCGGGAUGGAUUGAUUGUUAAGCCAGGUGCCUUAAGGAUGAGCUUCAGAGCUUCCCGUUCCAUACUGUGGUUUUUUGUUGUUGUGUCCGUGCGCGUUUUGUGCCUCGUGUAAGAUGUACUACGCUGUUGUCUAAUUCCGUCUUCCCGUUUUCGACGGAACUCGGGUCGGAAAGUGUAUCUCACAUUGUUCAACCAUUCGUAAUCAAUCUUCGGGUCAGUAAAAGUAUUAGAUAGGAACCAAUCGGCGCCAAUAGGGUCAAGCAGGAAACCAUUCCAAGUAUGCUCGGAACAAGCAACACAAACACACGGAUAUAGAAGGGAAAUGAACAAACGAUCAACAUUGUGCCGUGCAGGAUGGUGCUGCGCAUUUCUAUAAGCAGGUUUUCUUUUAGAGCGUAUUUAAGUCGAAACAUAAUAAAUGUUGCCAUUGCUAAAAACAGUGUUCUGCUA